UAUAAUAGGACUAUAGGAGUAGAAGAAAGAGGAGGGAAAAUUGCCAUUGAAAACCUAAAAGGCCAUCAAUGGGAAGGCUAAAAGUAAAACCUAACUAUGAAGAACUGCGAAAUGCUCGAAUCUUGGAAAAUCAGGCUAGGUUUGCCAGUCUUGGACUUCAAAAUAUCUUGGGAGAGCUUCGAACUAAACCAGAGAAGAGAAAACACAACAAAGUGGACUACUCCUCCGCCCCUUUGCGUCGUUCCAAUCGAUUGAAAGGCGACUCUGCACCAUCAUCAAAAAAGGGAGAUGAUGGCAUAAAGGAGAGCCUUAAUCAAGAAGCUUUGGUUCAGCGUUCCAAUCGAUUGAGAGUGGGAGUUUGCUGUCACUCCUGCAUGGAAAAGAAAUUUUGUGAUGAAGAAGAUUGUAAACGUUGUGGUGAUUUGGACAUGGAUCAACCUUGUUUAGGCAUGACGGAUUGUUCAAUUUGUCAUUCUAGCAAUGGUUUUCUUUGCCGAGAAUGUCUUAAGAAUCGAUAUGGUGAAGAACUGGAGGAGGUGAGAGCUAACAAAGAAUGGAUAUGCCCUCAUUGCACUGAAGAAAAAGGCAUCAAUCCGUAUUGGUUCUGUAACCGGUUAUUGUGCCUAAAGAAGCGAAAUAUAGCUCUAACCGUGAACACAUUUAAAGCUAGAAAGAUGGGAUACAAAUCAGUGGCACAUAUGUUAAUGGAUCAGCUUCAGGGAGCAGUGAAGGGUGGAGAUGAUAAGCUUUUUGGUUAAUUCCAAACUUUUUAAGAGCUACAUGGGCAGUAGAAUUAGCUUUUGAAUGUAAAAAUGGAAUGUGUUGUAAUGGCGUGGAUCCUUAUGUCUAAAGAUGUUUUCCACCAGUAUUUUGUACCUGAUAUGUAUUCGGCUAAUUCAGAUUUGCAUUGUGUAACUGACUAGUCUAUAUUCA